AUGAAUUUUAAUGAGUCUCGUCCCGUGCAAAUCUAUUUCCCCAAUGACUUGAAAAGGUAUUUCCACGAUUCUGUGUUUCUUUUGGGAUAUGAGGUGGGGAAUGCAUAUGUCAUAUUUCAAUGUGCAAGAGGUAUAGAUGUCUCAAUUGAUGCCAUCCCUGAAUUGAAAGUGGUGGGGACAAUAAAUCAUGAGACAAUGGAGCAUCCAAUAAACUUACAUUAUGAUGAAGCAAACGAUUGUAUUUGGUGUCCGCUCAAUCCUACAAUUGUCUAUUUUGAUCCACCGAAUUUUAGAAACUUGGAGUAUUUUUCUAUAGAGCCAAUAUUGCUACAAUCCAUGGAAAAGACUGAGAAACCAACAUCGCCAAUCGGAUCAAAGCUUGACGCGUAUCAGCCAGAAGUUGGAAUUACAUCUCAAAUUACAUCAAUUGCCAAUGAGGCAGUCCUCGAGAAGAUUAAUCUGUUAUACAAAACCCGAACGACAUUUAAACGAGAAACAAUACUGUCUGCGUCAACAAUGUUUCACUCAUUUUGCAAAUGGAUUGUCUUACGAUUGAUAAUUCCUGUAGUCAAAGCUUGCCAGACCAUACUAAUAUUAUCUCUCCUGAUGAUAAAUUUUGAAAUAUGCGGAUACUCGUUGGUCCGGGUCUCAAAGUGUUUUCGACAAUUGGACCUUCGAUUAAAACAAUUGAAUUACUUCCCCGUUCAAUUUCUAUGUUAUUAUGAUCGAAAUGUAUUGUAUCAAAAAGAUUCACAAAUUAUUAAUGAGUUGAAGUUGCCCAUUUUCAAUAGUAACUUAAACAUUAACAAUUCAAAUUAUAUCAAUUUGUAUAAUUCGCUAUGGUUGAUUUUUAAUGAUAUUUUACUUGGGAUUACAGUUUAUGGGUAUAUUGACAAAUAUCAAGAUCAGAUAUUCAAGUUUAUCCAGUCAAAAAUUUUGGAAAAGUAUUUAUACAAUGAGUUGGUUUCGUUGAUUACAUGGGUCUCAACUGAAAAUCCUGCCGGUUUUAAAUUAAAUACUGAUUUGGGUAAGUUUCUUGGUGAUUUAUACAUUUGGACUAUCCUAUUUUGGAAAGAUUUUGUUGAAAAUGUUCAAAUCGUCGAAAACAAGCCAAUGAUUUUAAAGAUAUUUAAGAUACUUUGUUAUGGGGGUGGAUGUUCAUUCCUACUUUCAUCCUUUAUCGAUUGUAUUCAAUUGUCGACUUUCCACAUUUAUACAUUUUACUAUUGUGCUGGAAAGAUUUACAAGCGACAACUUGAAAUUAUCAAAUCAUUAUUUCAAUUGUUUCGAGGAAAGAAGUAUAAUGUACUUCGUAAUAGAAUUGAUAAUUUGAAUAAUUACGAAACUGGUGAUAUUUUCGAAGUUGAUCAACUACUAUUGGGGACUUUAUUAUUCAUGAUUAUGAUUUUCCUUUUACCUACAACUUUUGCAUUUUAUCUUACAUUUUCGAUAAUUCACAUCUUGAUUCUAAUGGCUUACAACUUGUUGGAAAAUAUAACCAUUAUAUUGAACUUCACACCAAUAUUUGUAUGCUUAUUAAAGUUUAAAAAUUCGAAAAGACUACAAGGUGGGAUUAAGUUUCAAUAUGAGAAUUCAUACAAGGGAACGACGUUUCUUUCAAUGUCGAAUAAAUCACUAACAUAUCAAGAGAUUUUCGUCAAUUAUGUCAAGUUAUUCCAAAGGUCAAAGAAUUUUAGACAUUCCAUCGUCCAGAAUCUAUCAUCAGGAUAUAUGAUUUCAUUCAAAUAUGACUACAAUCUCAAAUUCCUUUAUUUGAUGUUGCCAGAAGAAUACGCUGAAACAAUAAGCAUUUGGAAAUAUGUUAAAUAG